AUGGCUGUUGGCUCAGACCCACGUCUCCACACCCCCAUGUACAUCCUCCUGGUCAACCUGUCCUUGGGAGAUCUGUGUUUCACCUCUACCACAGUUCCCAGACUCCUAUUUUCUCUAUUUACUGGAGACCAGUCCAUCAGCCACACAGGCUGCCUGAUCCAGGUCUUCUUCUUCCUCAUGGCAGGCAAUGUGGGUAGCUAUGUGUUGGCAGCCAUGGCAUGGGACCGAUACGUGGCUGUUUGCCGACCACUGCACUAUGCCACUGUGGUGACUCUGCCACGCUGCAUAAUGCUCAUGGGUGGGAUCUGGAUUGGCACAACCCUCCAUUCCCUGCUCCACACAGCCCUCAUUGCAAGGCUCACCUUCUGCAGUAGUCGUGAUAUCCCACACUUCUAUUGUGAUGUUUACCCUUUGCUACAGCUUGCCUGUUCUGACACUUCCCUCAACUAUGCUAUAGCUCUAGUUGAGGGUAGUGCAGACAUCAUCUUGCCUGCUGCUUGUAUUGUCACCUCCUAUGGAUUCAUUGGAGCUGCGGUGAAUGGAGUCCGAGCUACUGGGGGUUUACAUAAGGCACUUGCCACAUGUGGAUCCCAUUUAGCUGUGGUCAUGCUUUUCUAUGGGACACUAAUUAUUGUUUAUAUACAGCCCCUAGGUCAGGCUAAGGCUCAAUGGAGAGGCGGAAAUCUUGUAGCCUCAGUUAUGUUCUCAGUGGUGGCCCCUACACUGAAUCCCUACAUCUAUAGCCUUCAGAACCGUAAAAUUAAAAUGGCUUUGGCACAGAUACUCAAAAUGAACUGGACAUAG